CGACCUGAAAGUGAAAUCAGUUAUGGCGAAGACUUUGUUGAUCAUUACUCUUGCUCUAUGUGUCGUAGCAGUUAAUUCUCAUAUCUGUUUACUGUCACCUCGUCAACGUGGCUCACUGAGAGGCAUAAAUAAAGCUGCUUCUGACUCAUGUAUCAGAUUGACUGGGCCUUGCGGUGGACAAAAAGCCAUGAAACCAACCGUGACUAUCGCUGGGGGCUCCAAAUACACCGUUGUAUUUCAGAAAAAUUUAAAUCACUGGGCUAAUGGUGCUAUGCACGGUAUGUUCAAUAUUUCUCUUGGUAUGGUGAAAUCAGGAAAGGUUGAACCACAUUCAUUUACACACUUAGCUAGUGUCCCUGACACUAAUACACCUAGUCUCUGGAUUUAUACUCAAGACGUCAUGAUUCCCAAGAAAAGUGGCUCUGCUGUUAUUCAAGUUAUAUAUGUUACCGACAAUUCCAAAGCUCCAGCCAUGUUCUACCAAUGCUCUGACAUAAUGAUUCACUAGACUAGAUUAGUGCAGUUAGGUUCCGAUAAAAAUACUAUGCCGUUGGUGAUGUAAAUUUCCUGAAAACAAAAGGCUUGAUAUACUCCCGUAAUUAAGAGCUAUAGGUUCAAUAAAUUAUAAUGAUUCACUAAUCAUUAUAAUUACGUAUUACUGCAAUACAUAUAUGUCAAGGUAUAGCAGAUAGGUAUGAUAGCAUUUGCGAUUGCAUUCUCUAUUUUUUGUACCGUAACUUCGUAAUUAAGUAUAUGAG